AUGGAGUUUACCAGUUCUAGUAUUUCUCAGUUGAAUAGUUCCUUAACACCAGGGGCAGGAUUCCCUAGACCUGUACAACCAAGUAUGCCUCCUCUGCCACCAUCUCUGCAAACAGCAGGAUCUGCCCUUAGUCAACCAAAUGUGCCUUAUCCUUCAUCAAUGAAUAAUUCUAUCCCGUCAAUGAAUACAAGUGUACCUCCACGACAAGGACAACCGCAACCACAACUUCCACCAAUGCCACCAUCACAACCAUCAUUUGAACAGUUACCACCUGCAAAGACAACUCCUGUUCUGUCACCACCCCUUUCAGUAUAUCCACAAAUGCCAGGGGGAGGAGUAUACCAACAGUACCAACCACAGCAGCAUCAACUACAACAACAACAACCAGACCCAUAUCCUCAACAAUUUCAGAAUACUCAGUUUUCACCUUCACCAUCAUCUUUAGCUCCGCGACAAGCUUCAUCGACAUCACCAACUAUCUGGCCAGCAGCACCUCCACUGUGUAGUAUACCUAAGACGAGUAUAGAUUCAACUCCUUAUACUGAUAGCAACAAUAUUUUAACAUCAAAUUCUUCUCCUGAUGGUUCUGUCAAUGUUAAUACUGUUUCACAGACUUCAAAUGUCAAUUCAGAUACUACUACUACUACUCCUGCUAAUAGCAGUGGUAAUGACGUUUGCUUAUUACCGGAAGAAUAUAAUUCAAUACGUAAAGUACUAAUUGAUUUAAUAUAUAAUUGUCGUCAAACUGGAGGCAAACAAUAUCGUAAUAAACUAGAUGAUGUAGAACGUCGUUUAGACCAAUUUUUCAAGAAUAUCUCUACUGGUACAUUACAAUUGACUGGUUCCACUUUUGAAUGUCUGCAACAGUGUACCCUGUUAGCUGAACAAUUCAAUUAUACUGAAGCAUUGAAACAAGUGAAUUUGUUAAUUCAGUCAGCUUUUCAAUUACCAGAUAUUCAGUGUUUUGGUCCAGCAUUAAAAAUAUUAAUGCAAACAGCCAAACAAUUAUAUCCAACAUCCUCUCCAACUUCUGCUGCUGCUGCUGCUUCGACUUCAGCUUCAACACCGGUGAAUCAGUAUCCAGUUGUGUCUCAUCGUAUUCAUUAA